GAUGGAGGAGAUCGGGGAAACCGAGAGCAGAGAAACUGGGAAAAAGCAUUUGGGGAUGGAGCUGUUCAGGGUUAUUCACUGCGUGGAGGAAUGGAGCCCCCGCACCCCGAGGUGAGCAGCAAUGGGAGAGCUGUGCAGCAGAGGUGUUUGGCUGCUGUCUGCAGUGUCCCAGGGAACAGGAUUUUCCAACACAAUAACAGGCCGAUCCCCCACAUUUGAAGCAUCACUCAUGAUGAUGGACGAAGGAAGGGCAGAGGGAGAUGUAAAAUAAACGUCUCUGAGACUUUAAUCUUAAUGGUGAGGACUUGGAGCAGCACCUCGGGAGGACACGGUGUCAACUAGGAGGCAGAAACAACAUCAGUGAUUGCACAAAGUGCUCAGCACGUAGGGAAAAGGGAGAGCAGCCUCUGCCCCCCAGAGCUCAUUUUCCUGCUCUGUUUCAGCAGCGUUGCACUGGCCCUGCAAAUGAGACAAGAUUUGCUGUUGAGUGGCUCUGGCUCCCAGCCCCUCCUUUGUGGAUACGAGCCCUUUCUUCUCUCUCCCUCAAAUUGUUGGAUCUUUGUUUAAUGCUCUUCUUUUUCCUUUACCACAACUAAACACCACUCCCAAGAGCCCACUGAGUGCAUCAAUCCAUUAGCAAAGUCUUCCUUCCAAUGCAAAUACAGAGUCUAGCUCCUGUUUACAAAACACCAACCCCUCAUUAGUAAAUAUCAAAUCAACUCCUGCAUAACAACUGACGUAUUUUGGAACCGCUCAUAAGGCACCCAGUGCCAUCUGCCUCUUUAUUUGGAAGCAGAAGAUGCAGCGAGUGUUGAUAGCACUGCUCACACUUUCUGUUGGGACAGGAGCUGCUCCCAGGUAUAUCUGCACCUACUACGAUGUCAUUGAGUACCUGAACAUCUCCUCUCACAGCAAGCUGCACACACAGAUACUGCCAAAGACGCACUGGAAGGAGCCUAUGGAAGUGAUGAUGGAUUUUAUGCUAAUAGCAAUUCUGUCUGUGGCUGAAAAGCUCCAGACCGUCACCUUUUAUUUCGUGUUGAGCUUGGAGUGGACAAACACUUUUGCCACGUGGGACCCGCGGGAUUUCUGUAACAUUUCUAAGAUUGUCCUGCCCAUGGAUUCAUUCUGGUCACCCCCGAUCUUCAUUUUGGAAAGAGUGAACGAACAGAAAUCCAACCUGGAGUACAUCGCUGUCACACACAACGGCACCUUCAACGCCAGCCUGCCCUUCCAGGUCACUCUAACGUGCGGUUUGAUGAUCCUCAAGUUCCCUUUUGACACCCAGACAUGCAACAUAAGCAUCGCUUCAUUUCUCUACCCAGCAACAGACCUUUCCAUGAAAGUGAAACGGACACCAGCUGAGAUGCUGGUAAACAGCCAGAGCUUCUUCCUAACGGAUGGGGAGUGGAAGUUCACCAACCUGAGCAUCAAUGAAUACAUGGAAGAAAUAGAUGACGGGGAAUUUCCUGUGAUCACCUACAUGAUUUCCAUGAAGAGACGGCCCACUCUGUAUAUCCUGAACCUCAUCCUCCCAACGUGUGCCCUGUACCUGCUUGACAUGGCCGUGUUGUUUGGACCCAGCUCUCUGGAGGAGAAAGUCAGUUUCCAGAUUUCCAUCAUUCUCGGCAGCUCCAUGUUGGCUGUGAUUCUCAACAACAUGCUUCCAACUUCCUCCAACGAACCACCCAUAAUAGUGCUCUUUUUCUUAGGCACCUUCCUGCUGAUGAUCAUGGCUGUGCUGGACACCUUCUUCCUGUUGCACCAUCAGCACAAAUCCCUACGCUUGGGCAAGGCUUUCAGGACUGUGCAACAAGGUGUGCACCCUGAGCCAGCAAUGACAACCAACCCGGGCACAAAGCAUCCUACUGAGAAGAGCCAGGAAAAGCUGCAGCAAACCAGGCCCUGCUGGGAGACACCGGAGCAGGACCCGGUUCUGGUAGUUCUGGAGAAGGUGCUUCUCUACAGCCAUUUCUUCUUAUCGCUGUUUUUUUUUGCUGUUAUUUCUGUGAAAUGGAGCAGUUAAGGUCCAGCUCCGUGUGGUUCUCGCUCAGUCUUUCUCCAUUUUAUUUCUUCAAAGCCCUCUGCUGUAUUUUCUUCUCCUGCUCAAUUCAUAGAACCAGUUGUUCCAGUUGCCUAAAUUAGAUAAAAACAAAACACCAACCCACAACCAGAGCACAAGGUCUGCAUGGUGUGUGCAUUGUACUCCACUUCCAUAAACAUACAUACAUGUAUCCGUGGGCUACCAAAGUAUUUAGAUAAAACUAUAACAGAACUGGAAGAUCUCAGUUCUUUCCAAUGGUAAUUCUUACAACCAUAUCAGAAAAGGGACAUGGAGCCCUUUUUCAUUUCUGUUUUCAUUUUGAGGAAAGACAUUUUAAGAAUUCCUACUCGGAUAAUUAAAUAAAUCACAGCAUGAAGCCUU